GAACAGGCUGACUCCAGAGUCACUGGCUGUCAUGUAGUCUCCCCAACUACUGUCUCAGCUCUGCAAUGCCAGAGUAAAGCUCUUCUCCAAAUGAAGAGCCAGAAAGAGGUAGAGGUGGCAGGAAUUAAACUUCGUAAAGCCAUGUCCCUGGGUUCAGUGACUUUCACAGAUGUGGCCAUAGACUUUUCCCAAGAUGAAUGGGAGUGGCUGAAUCUUGCUCAGAGAAGUUUGUACAAGAAGGUGAUGUUAGAAAACUACAGGAACCUAGUUUCAGUGGGUCUUUGCCUUUCUAAACCGGAUGUGAUCUCCUUAUUGGAGCAAGAGAAAGACCCUUGGGUGAUAAAAGGAGAGAUGACCAGAAGCCUGUGCCCAGACUUGGAGUGUGUGUGGGUGACAAAGUCAUUAUCUUUAAACCAGGAUAUUUAUGAAGAAAAAUUACCCCCGGCAAUAAUAAUGGAAAGACUUACAAGCUGUGACCUCGAAUGUUCAACAUUAGGGAAAAACUGUAAAUGUGAAGACUUGUUUGAGAGGGAGCUUGUAAACCAGAAGACACAUUUUAGGCAAGAGAUCAUCACUCAUGUAGAUACUCUUACUGAAAAAAGAGACCACUGUAACAAGUCUGGGACAGUUUUUCAUCUGAAUACAUUAUCUUAUAUAAAACAGAUUUUUCCCAUGGAAGAGAGAAUGUUUACUUUUCAUACAGAUAAGAAAAGCUUAAAAACACAUUCAGUUGUGAAAAAACACAAGCAAGACUGUGGAGAAAAGAAACUUUUAAAAUGUAAUGACUGUGAGAAAAUAUUCAGCAAAAUCUCAACCCUUACUCUUCACCAAAGAAUUCAUACAGGAGAGAAACCCUAUGAAUGUAUUGAAUGUGGAAAGGCCUUUAGCCAGAGUGCCCACCUUGCUCAACAUCAGAGAAUACACACAGGAGAAAAACCUUUUGAAUGUACUGAAUGUGGGAAAGCCUUCAGCCAGAAUGCUCAUCUCGUUCAACAUCAGAGAGUUCAUACUGGUGAGAAACCUUAUCAGUGUAAGCAGUGUAAUAAAGCAUUCAGCCAGCUUGCACACCUUGCUCAACAUCAGAGGGUCCAUACUGGAGAGAAACCCUAUGAAUGUAUUGAAUGUGGGAAGGCUUUUAGUGAUUGUUCAUCCCUAGCUCAUCAUCGAAGGAUUCACACUGGGAAAAGACCCUAUGAAUGUAUUGACUGUGGAAAAGCUUUCAGGCAAAAUGCUUCUCUUAUACGUCAUCGGCGAUAUUAUCAUACUGGAGAGAAACCGUUUGACUGUAUUGAUUGUGGGAAGGCUUUCACUGAUCACAUAGGACUUAUUCAGCAUAAGAGAAUUCAUACUGGAGAGAGACCUUACAAAUGUAAUGUGUGUGGGAAGGCUUUUAGCCAUGGCUCAUCUCUGACAGUACAUCAGAGAAUUCAUACAGGAGAGAAACCUUAUGAAUGCAAUACCUGUGAGAAAGCCUUCAGCCAUCGUGGGUCUCUUACUCUUCAUCAGAGAGUUCAUACUGGAGAGAAACCCUAUGAAUGUAAAGAAUGUGGGAAAGCUUUCCGGCAGAGCACGCAUCUUGCUCAUCAUCAGAGAAUUCAUACUGGAGAGAAACCUUAUGAAUGUAAGGAAUGCAGCAAAACCUUCAGCCAGAAUGCACACCUUGCACAACAUCAGAAAAUACACACUGGGGAGAAACCUUAUGAAUGUAAGGAAUGUGGUAAGGCCUUCAGUCAGAUUGCACAUCUUGUUCAGCACCAGAGAGUUCAUACUGGUGAGAAGCCUUAUGAAUGUAUUGAAUGUGGGAAGGCCUUUAGUGAUGGCUCAUAUCUUGUUCAACAUCAGAGACUCCACACUGGCAAAAGACCAUAUGAAUGUCUUGAAUGUGGGAAGGCAUUCAGACAGAGGGCAUCCUUGAUUUGUCAUCAGAGAUGUCAUACUGGUGAGAAGCCUUAUGAAUGUAACGUUUGUGGGAAAGCCUUUAGCCAUCGUAAAUCCCUUACUGUACAUCAGAGAAUUCAUACAGGAGAGAAACCUUAUGAGUGUAAGGAAUGUAGCAAAGCCUUCAGCCAGGUUGCCCAUCUUACUCUCCAUAAGAGAAUUCAUACUGGAGAAAGGCCCUAUGAGUGUAAAGAAUGUGGAAAAGCGUUCAGGCAGAGUGUACAUCUUGCUCAUCAUCAGCGAAUUCAUACUGGAGAGUCAUCAGUUAUUCUCUCCUCUGCCCUCCCAUACCACCAAGUCCUGUAGAUUCAAUCUUGUAAAUGCUUCUAGAAUCCAUCUGCUUUUUUCCAGCACAUGUUCCAUCAUCAUAGUCCAAGACGCAACCAUCUCAUCUGGAUUUCUGCAGUAGCAUAACUGUUGCCCCUUUUGCUCCUAUCAAGUACAUGUUUAACACUGUAGGCAGCCUAACCUUUUAAAAAUAAAAAUAUAUAUUUACUUUCCCAUUUAAAACCCUUGAUUUGGAAAAUAUAUUAAUCCAUUUCAAGGGUUUAGCACACACUAGCAUAUAGUUAUUGCUAAAUAAAUGCUAGCCAUUAAGGUAAGGUUUCCUUACAAACUGUCAUAUUAAGCAGCAAGUAAACCAAACCAGUAAGUCAAGACUAAGACUUUAGAGCAGACAGAAGACUAGUCUGAUAGGAAAGAUGAACACACUCAGAAUUGAAAGAUGUAUAGUACACAAGGUAACAUGGUGGCUUAUCACUCCCUCUGUGGCAUUGUUGAGCAACUCUCACGUGACCUGACACUGAGAAGAGAGAAUCAGUCAAUUAGAACAAAAGCUUUUAGCUGGGCACAGUGGCUCAUGCCUGUAGUCCCAGCACUUUGGGAGGGCGAGGCAAGCAGGUUGCUUGAGCUCAGGAGUUCAAGACCAACCUGAGCAACAUGGUGAAACCCUAUCUCUACAAAAAAUACAGAAAUGAGCCAAGCAUGGUGGUGCACACCUGUAGUCAUAGCUACUCAGGAGGCCGAGGCAGGAGGAUUGCUUGAGCCCAGGAGGUAGAGGUUGCUGUGAGUCAUGAUCACACCACUGCAAUUCCAGCUGGGGAGCAGAGCCAGACACUGUCUUAAGGAAAAACAAAAGAAGAACAAAAGCAUUUGGUAGAAUGUAGGACUAACCAGGGUGGUUAGCAUUAAACUAAAAGUAACAAGCCAAAAAAACUUGAAUAGAUUAAUAGCCAUGAAACAAACUGAAAAGGGUAAUUCAAUAUACCACCUUUAUAAAAGUACCACAGACAAUUCCUGUGGUAAAAUUAUUCUAGCAUAAAAUAAAAUGCAAUAAGACCUUCCAUCUUGUUCCAUGAGAUUGACAAGACAUGCCAAAACAUAAAAAUAGGUACACUGCAAUUAAUUUCUGAAUGUAGAUAUUACAACUUAAACUUAUUUUUAAAAUAUUUAAAAAUAGGAAGGCUAGACAUGCCUCUGUAUAGAAAGGCUGAUAAAAAUAUUUCUCCCUAAAUUAAAUUUGUAAGUUCUUUGAUAUUCCAAUAAAAAUUUUCAUAUAUUUUUUAGUUGAAAAGCUGAUUCUGAUCAUCUGUAGAAUUUUGAUUUUAACAAGGAAUGUAGUUUACACUGGGAAUGUAGUACUAAUACUAACUGAACAUUUGCUAAUGUGUCACACACUGUUUUAGGUGCUGGGGGAUACAAUAAGGUACAAAAUGGACAAAAAAACGUGCUCUUACAGAUCUAGUAGAACAGAAAAAAUUAAAUGCAUGCCAUGUGAUAAAUAUAUGAUAUGACCCAUAAAGAGAAAUGAUUUAAAAAAGAAGCUAGGGAGUGCUGGAUCAGGCACCUUACUGUCCCCAGAACAUGUGGGUAUUAGAGGAUGAGGGAAGAACUAGAGGUAACUGCGAGACACAAAAGGCAUAAUGAAAAUAGUCAUGAUAGUCCGAAGGCAGAUACUGUUUAUGAUGCUUUGAGUGUUGGAGGAAGGGAGGACUAAUGGUUUCACAGAGAUCAUGGCAGUUAUAUUCACUUAUAUAAAUGUUGAUUUAGAAGCUGGUGGAAGGGUAUUUUUUGAGUGACAGCUUUAUUGAGACAAAGCAAUUCUGGAGAAGAACACCCAUACCCUGUCCUCUCUAUCCAUCAGCAGAAGUGAAGAGGGAGCCCCAAAGCUCCACUUAAAGUGUGCAUCUUACAGCUUUUAGUUCAUUCACAGGAUUGUGCAGCCAUCACCGUCAGUUUUAGAACAUUUUCAUAUCCUCAAAGAGGAAUCCCUUGUCCUUUUGUAGUUACGUUCAUCCCUGGAAGAGUACUUUUUUUUUUUUUUUAAACUGAAGCACCCAGAGCUCUUGGGUUCCCUCUUAACUGCUUUCUGUGGCAGUAUAGAGGGCUACGUGAGGGAAGCUCUUAUCCAGAGUACAUGACUGCUAGAGAAUGGAGCUUGGGGCUCCCUCUUCACUUCUGCUGAUAGAAAUAUAACAGCUAGGGGAUGGGUAGCCUCACCAGAGAAUGUGGAGUUUCAGACUCCCCUUAUAUAUGAUAAAAAGGAUUUUUCAUUGUAGUGGGGAAAAGGUGGUUGGAUUAAAUGGCAUUGGGAAACUUAGCUCACUGGAAAAACAGAUCUGUACCUUUCACACUAAGGUACAGAGAGAUUAAAGGCCUGAGAGAUUAAAGGUCUAAAUGUAAAAUUAAAGUACAUGAAAAACAGAAUAAUAUUUCUGUACCCUUGGUUUGAAAUAGACUAAGCACUAAUGCAUAACCCCAAAGCUGAUAUUAGGCUUUCAUAUGGUGGAAAACAUCAUAGUCAAUAGGUAAAUGAGAGAUUGACACAAAGUGUUUGCAACAAAUAUAACAAAGGACUGUAAUUAAUGAUAUUCAAAGUACUAUUAUAAACCAAUAAUCUGCAACUUAGAGAAAUGGACAAAGCUAAUGGCCAAUUCACAAAAGAUGAAAUAAAAGCAGUUAAUGAAAAUUAUCCAAUAUCACUAGAAAUCAAGGAAAUGCAAAUUAAAGUGAUUAUUUAACUACUUUUCCCCCAAAAGACUGAUUGAGUGAUAACAUUCGGUAUUGGUGAAUGUGUGGAAACAAGGGCAUUCCAUUGUUGAUUAUAUAUCUAUUGCUUUAUGUAUAUACCCUUUUAAUUAAUAUUCCUUGGAAACCAAAAUAUACAAAGGUAGGUAAAUGUAUUAGUGGCAAAAAAAUUAAUGGUAAACUAUUAAAAUUACCUAAGUGUCCAUCAGGGUAAUGAAUAAAUUAAUUAUGGUAUAUAUCCAUUCAAUAGGAAUUACGCAGCUGUUGAAAAAAAUACCAAUUUGUAUAGUCAUUGAAAGAUAGCUGUGCUAUACUCAAUGAAAAAUUGCAGACCUGUAUUGUAGUAUAGACCCACAAUUGUAAUAUCGAAAAUAAAAAAUCAAAAUACAUAUUAUAGUAGGCAUCUGUUUUUCUCUGCCCAGUUUCCCUUGCCUCCUCCUUUUGGCUGCACUAUCUCAUCUUUUCCUUUUGAGUAACUGGCCAUACCCUACCAUAUGUUUCUGAUGGAUGUGGCCAAUAAAAUCGUCUCUGAAUUUCAAAAGGCAUUUGGAUCUGUGUCAUCCAAUGGCAACUCCCUAAAAGCUUGAUGCAGUUAUUCUUUUGAUUGGUCCUGGAACCACCCUGGUUUUUGUACUUUCUAAGUCUGUGAUUGCUCGAACUACCCAUUAUCUUUCUGGCACUCGAUUUUUGCCUCCUGUUGGUCAGUUGCUUGCAAGUAAAGAAACAAUCAUACAGAAUUUGGUAUGAAAAUUGGGGUACAGGCAUUAGAAUCUUUGAAAAAUCAGGUAUUGGGAGUUGAUUCUUGGAUGAGAUGGGGCAAAUAAGACUUAUUUUCUAGACUGGAAAGCAUCUCAUGGUGUGCAAUGAGCAAACACCUGAUUAUUAUUCAUUAUAGUCACCUGGGAUGAAUAGAGGUCUAGGGUUCUGGAUAAUGACAAUUUAAAGAGGAUGGAGAAUGCUGAAUCCAAAAGUUAUAUGUAAUACUGGUAUCUCACUGCUUUGAAUAACUUAAAGUUUAGCUCUUGAAUUUCUAGCAUUAAGGCAAAAAAAUUAAACUAAGGGAUUUUGUAUGAUAUUGUUGAAAGUUGUCUUACAUUGUUUAAAGUCAUAGGGUUAAGAUGACUCAUAACCAAAUUUAGAGACUGUUUUUAUGCAUUGUUAAAGUGGAAUGCUGGUUAAAUUUUAUACUUUAUUCGCAAGAGUCACUGUGAAUUCAGUUCUGAAUUGUGUUCCCAUCAGCACCACCAAAUGCUGGCCUCUACCACCACCAAAUUUACUUGUGAAGUCCUAAACCCCAAAGUGACUGUAUUUGGACAUAAGGCCUUUAAGAAACUAAGGUUAAGUUAGGCCAUAAGAGUGAGGCCCUAAUCCCAUAGGACUAGUGUCCUUAUAAGAGGAAGAGACAGCAGAGCUCUGUCUCUCUACAUGUGCACAGAGGAAAUGCCAUGUAAGGACACAACAAGAAUGCUGCCAUCUGCAAGCCAGGAGGAGAGACCUCACCAGGAACCAGCCCUUUCAGCCCCUUGAUCUUGGACUUUUAGUCUCCAGAACUGUGAGAAAAUAAAUGUUGGUUGUUUAAGCCA